CAUGCAUGAAUUGCAAAUAGAAAAUUUCCUAUAAAUUGAAUUGAAACCUAAUUUCUUAUUUAGCUGAAGAAGGCACGUGAGGCCAUGUCUGGUGUGCACGUGACGAUUUUGUGCUUCGUGGUGGGUACAAGACUACUCCUCAUAAACGGUUUUUACUAUGGUAAAUCCAUGGACAUCACAGUACCUGCUGCUAAAGCACAGUGUGAGUCUUUGGGAAUGAGGUUGGCAAUGUUCCACACUCAGGCGGACUGGGAGGCAGCAAAGUCGUUCCUAAAUGCCUACCAUACACUUUUUGGAAAAGACAAAAACGUAUGGAUAGGCAUAGAGAGAGACGUUAGUCAGCCCACGAUGGUGUAUAAAUGGAUGGAUGGCACUACACUCUCCUGGGGAUCAUUUUACAAUUCACCCUGGAAAGACAGUUCUACCCCAGUUGAUGAUGUCACCAAAGCGUGUGUUAAAAUGGAGUGGGGAGCAGGGUUAUUGUGGAAGCAUCACGAUUGUAGUAGUACAGAGGACUUCUUGUGCGAAGGUUUUUACCUGAAUCCCAAUGUAAUUGGUGACUGGAGUACUGGAAAGUCUACAUGUGAAGGAAUGGGGAUGCAAUUAGCGUCUUUAAAAUCCUCUGCUUUAAACGCCGCUGCAAUCACAUACAUCACUGUUCAACAAUCUUUCGGGAGCACAGGAGACGUCUGGUUCGGAUUAUCUCUGUCUGGUGAUUACGUACACGAGGAUGGGACAGUGGUAACCUCCGGCUCGUAUGCCUCUUCCUGGUACAAUGAUCCUUGGGGGUCCUCAGAACCAAGCAGAGGCAGCUCGGAACUUUGCGUUCGACUUCGGAACCGAGGAUUUGCGGAUUUUGAUUGGGCAGACUACGGUUGUGGCAGUCAAUUUAACUAUCUAUGCAAAGAUACCUUUGCACCUGUGACAACAACUACAACCACAACUACAACCACAACUACCACCACAACACCUGUUCCAACCACCACCACAAUCCCAGAGACUACCACUAAACCGUGGUGGUUUGUGGAGUACAGCGAAGACGGAAAGGCCAUCGGACAGAAUGGCAAGACUUUUGACAAAUCAAAUCCACCGGCAAGGUUUGGAGUUAUCGGUCUUCUUAUCGGGUUCUCUACCUUUGGGUUUGUAACCGUUGUGAUCUGUAUGCUGUGGUUCUGUUGCAUCAGAAGCAAAGAUGACUAUCGCAACGUAGAGGAGGAGGAGGAAGAAGAACCCAAAAAGAAGGCCUUUAGUGCCAUUACUGAUAAACCUCACGGAAUACAGUAUAUUGCUUAAUAGUUUAAGUAAAUGUGAUGAUAUCCAUGAAUUAAGCAACAAUUCUGUAUAAACCUAUUUGCUGUUUUUCUCUUCUGUAGACGUUGUUUUCAAGAAUUUACAAUGGUUAAGAAAUGAGUUUAGGUUGAUGCAUGAGGUCCAUGCUAAAAUUUUUAUGAAUACUUUUUAUUGAUUAGAUUUUGACUUGAUUGGAGUGAUGUAGUUGAAAUGAUUUCUUGUCGUCCUUUGUACAAUGUCAUUGAUUUAAAAAAUGUGACUAAAAAUACAUGUCCACAGAACAAGUAUUGACAAAAUGUGUUUUAAGAUUGAUAAAAAAUAAACGAAAUUGUAAAUAUUAA